UAUCAAUCCAGUUUAUGCAGUGAAUAUAGCUUCAAAAUGGAUAACUUUACACUACCAGAGAAUAUUUCCAUAUCGUACAGCAACUUUUCCUCCGGACAACUACAUUAUAUUAAAGUAGUGACGGUGUUGAUGUAUUCGCUGGUUAUAUUUGUAGCAGUUGGUGGCAACCUAGCCGUUUGCUAUAUAAUUCUGUCAAGUCGCAAGAUGAGAACAGUUACAAACUUCUUUUUGUUGAAUUUAGCCUUUAGUGACUUUGUCAAAGCUGUUAUAUGUUGCCCGUUUACGUUUGUGUCCAACUUUAUUCUCAUGUACUGGCCUUUCGGAACCAUCAUGUGUCCGCUCGUUACAUACAUGCAGAUCGUCGUUGUGCUGCUGUGUGCGUUUACUUUGGUGGCAAUGAGUCUGGAUAAGUAUGUGGCUAUUGUGUAUCCAUUAAAGCCCAAGCUGUCGCGAAGACACGCCAAGUACAUCAUUAUUGUGACUUGGAUUCUAGCAUUCAUUCUGCCAGUUCCCACCGCUGUUACCUCAACCAUAUCCUAUUCCAACAUAACAGAUCACCCAUCGGCCAUGGGACAAUGUUUAGAGCAAUGGAAUCACCCAGCCCAAAAAUACAUCUACAGUAUUGUAGUGAUGCUGCUGCAGUAUUUUGUGCCCCUGCUUGUUCUACUGGUUACAAAUGCACGAAUAGGUUAUAUAGUGUGGAUUAAGAAAACCCCCGGUGAGGCUGUAGAAGGAAGAGAUCAGCGCAUGGCGGCUUCUAAACGGAGGUUGGUCAAGAUGAUUAUAAUAGUGGUGACUAUUUAUGCUGUAUGCUGGCUCCCUCUACAUGUUUUGACGCUCAUUGGAGAUCAAAAUCCGCACAUUUUUGAUGCUCCAUAUAUGAUGUAUGUGUGGAUGAGUGCACAUUGGCUUGCCAUGAGUCACUCGUGUUAUAACCCAUUAGUGUACUUUUGGAUUAACCCGAAUUUCAGAGAAGGUAUAAAACGAAUAUUUUACUUAUGUACAAGCUCAAGGAACAACUCUUAUAAAAUGUCUAACUACAGCGAAUAUAAUAGUCAUCAUAGUUCUGCCAAAAAAACGAACAGCUCCAAUCUCAAUUUAAGAUACUCAUUAUAAAUGGCAUAUUGAACUCCUAAACCCACAAACCGAUGGUUUCCUGUUCACAGUUGUUGCUCUUUAUUAUUUAAAGUGAAUGAAUGUUGUUGUGCUUAUUAGAAUAGUUUAAAGAUACAUUAUGGGAGAUUAGAUAAAGAGCUGGUAGUUCGCACUAUAAUAGUUAAAAACUAGAUAAUGUAAACGGAAUUUACGGAAAAUGUCAGUCAAAAUGAUCCACCCUGAACCAAGUAUUUAGAGAUUGAAUUUUGGGCCAAGCCUCGAUCAUCAUUACUAAAGUCGGUACGAUAAAAAAACAUAGUCCCGAUUAUCCAUUGUUUGAAUUAAUCAGAAGCAGCAGACCGGAUUCUAAUCCAUUAAAUAUCGCAGGCUAGCGAUAACAUCGAGAGUGGAUUAUGAUCUGGUUAAGUAAAUUAAUGUCUAAUUAAUAAUUUAGAUAACAUUUCAGGCCUAAAGAAAGACAUGCAAUAGGCAGAUUUAGCUCUUGCAUAAUGUAUGUUUAAAUGGUAUUCUAUUUUAUGCUGUGUGUUUUAGAGGUGUGCACAUCGAUUGGACAUUCAAAUUCUGUCUUAUAGGUUAAGAUGCAAUUCUUUAAUUACUUUUAAUGAUCCGUUCGAUGCAGCAAAGAGGGGCGAGCUGGGCCUGAAACCCCAUUUUAUAUCCAUUUUAAUGGUGGCCCAACAUGAUGUGAUUAUUAUUCACUGUUCGAUUAUAAUAAAUAAGUGACAGAUUGUUCAUUUGGGGUGGGAGAGCUACGAAUUACCUAUUUGAUUUAGGUCAAAGAGAAAAUUUUCUAUUUCAUUGGAUUUUAUAUGCUGAUUUGUUUUGUGGGAUUACAAUGUGUUGAAAUAUUUCUUGAGUGUUGAGAUGUAAUCGAGUAUGUGUACAAGUGUCGGUACAGUAAGCCAAGAACUUACUUUAAGUUAAAAAUGCAUUAUGUAAGAUCUAAAUCUGCCAAUUGCAGGUAUUUUUUCAAGCUUCAAAUGGUAUAUUAAUUAAUAUUUAGACAUGCAUUCACAUGACAAGCCCAUAAUCAACUUUCCAGACCGUUGAAUGACUGAGAUAAUGAGUGGACUAGACAUUGCCUGCUACGUCUUAGUUAAAUGGGAAAUCGAAACUUUGUAUAUUAUCGUAGAAAUGGUACUUGACAAUUGAGACUAUUCACGCUAUUUCUUGUCAAAACUUCAUAACUGAGAGCAAAGUAAUGUGAAUGAAAUUUUCAUUAUCUAUUUUUACACUAGCAAGAACGGUCAACUCUUUAUCUAAAUACAAAAUGCAUCUUUUAAUCCUUAUAGAAAACAAUAAUUGUAUAGAGCCUCUUUCAUCACGAAUCCAUUUAACACAUCCCAUGAAUCCAAUUGACUAUUGUACUUUAUUUUAACCUAAACCAAAAAGUAUGAAUUACAAUUUUAUGGUAUUUUGUAAUGAAUUUGUGCUCAAUUUCACAAAUAACCCGAGGUUUCAGUUCAGCUUCGCUUUACGUAUGUUCUGCCUUUAGUGUAGUAAAUUACAAUAGGUGUUACGUCAUUACAAUAAGUGUUACGUCAUUGUAAAAUCGACAACCUAU